AUGGCGUCGUUUGUGAGAUACGCGCUUGAGCGCAGGGCGGAUGAUAGUAGCGAGACCUGGACCGAUGACGAUAACGACGAUGUGUAUUGGUGGUAUAGUAAAGAGGGAUACAUUGUCAAGUGGACUAUUCUCGCGGUUAUUGUUCUUCUAUUCACACUCUGGAUUGUCGGUGGUUACUGGCAUGCGAAGAAGAGGAUCCAAAAGGGUCUGCGACCACUAGCAUAUCAUCGAUGCUUCGUGAGUAGGAGCAUGAUGGCUCAGGUCGAUCCCAGAUACGCAUACCCUCCAAAUGGAUACUACUAUCCUCCACAACAGGGCUAUGGAAACUACGGCCAGCCCGGCGGAUAUCCCAUGCAGAGCAUGCCUCCUCCACCAGUCUACGAUCCGUCACGACCGCCUAUGUACGAAGACCCCCCGAACAACGGCUCCAAGAUCGAUCCGGCACAAGGACAACCAAGACAGCAAGAUGGGCCAGCAGAUUAUUACGCUCCUCCUUCAGGGCCGCCGCCUCCGCGAUAA